CUCCAUCCUCAGUGUCGUUGAAAGAUACUUUCUUCCUUCCUUCUCAACCUCCUUGUUCGGCUCGAUGACCCGAAAUCCGCGUUUUUGAUAUAGAUCCAGAGCAUUUUCAUUGCCGUGUACCACACUUGUGAGGAGGCAUGGGGAUUCCUCAUGUUCCAUCGCAGAGUUGUCCCUGACAUGCUCGAUGGUCGCCUGAACAAGGCGCUUUCCCAACCCUUGCCCACGCACCUCAGGCUCGACAUAGAGUGCUGCCAUAUACCACUCGGUUGGUGACGGUCGACCUGCAUCAUCGACAUUCUUGGGAUUUGGUGCGACAAUGACCACAAAUCCAAUCCAUUGAUGCUCCAACAGGUUCCAUUUCUGCGACAGUGCGUCAUGGCGAACGAGUAUAAGCUCUUCGCAUCCUCUUUCAGACUUCUAAGUCUGAGGGCCUUUAGCCGCGAUGAAUACUCCAGAAGAGUGUCAUGGUCUGGGGCGGGAUUGGGUAGAGUGUGGACAGAAAAGGAAGCCAUGAGGACAGACGGAGAGAUGCUGACAAAGCUUUGUGUGAGGCAGAUGAGAUAUCAUGACCUAGUUCCGAUUGCAGAAAGAUUUGUCUCGGGAUACACAGAUAUCUGGGGAAAGCCCUGAUAUUUUCAGCUGAUGCUGGAAUGACUCACUGUGACAAUGGAGUCAUCUGGACUUUUCGCAAACAGUAUCAUUCUAGCAGUCGGUCUCGUCUAGUGACGAAAAACGCAACGGCCACCACAGUUUCUGCAGCACGACAGAUCCCGAAGCACGAUAAGCAACAUUGUUGGUCCUACCGAAUAUUGAAGCAAUGGGAAAAAGAGCAUACAUAGCAAGGCUUGAGCCGCUCAUUCGUACCACAGCCAAUCAACUGAUAGUAUCUCGUGAGAAUUGAUCGACUACUCCUGAUAUGGUCUAGGCCGUGCGAGUCUUGGCAUCGCUCACAAUCGAUUUUCUACCCUUGACUCGCAAUUCUCCGGCUACUUGGUCCUCAUUCCUCAACCCGUUUCUUGCGCAGUGCCUCACCAUAAGAAUUUGACCAAUUCUUCUGGAAGACUGUCUUCAUCAUGUCGAAAAUUACAGUCGCCGGAGUGCGCGUGAACGUCCAACAGCUUCUCGACUACUCGCUCAACGAGAAGAAGCGAAACUUCCUCGAGACCGUCGAACUCCAGAUCGGCCUCAAGAACUAUGACCCCCAGCGUGACAAGCGUUUCUCGGGGACCAUCAAGCUGCCCACGGUCCCCAGACCGAACAUGUCAAUCUGCGUCCUGGGUGACCAACACGACAUCGACCGAGCGAAACAUUUGGGCGUGGACGCCAUGUCGUCCGACGACUUGAAGAAGCUGAACAAGAACAAGAAGCUGAUCAAGAAGCUGGCCCGCAAAUACGACGCCUUCCUGGCCUCGGACUCGCUGAUCAAGCAGAUCCCCCGUCUCCUGGGGCCCGGUCUCUCCAAGGCCGGCAAAUUCCCCACGCCCAUCUCCCACAACGAAGACCUGUCGGCCAAGAUUGUCGAGGUCAAGUCGACCAUCAAGUUCCAGCUGAAGAAGGUUCUGUGCAUGGGCGUCGCGGUCGGCAACGUCGGCAUGACCGAGGAUGAGCUGAUCAGCAACAUCAUGUUGGCCAUCAACUACCUGGUCAGCUUGUUGAAGAAGGGAUGGCAGAACGUGGGCAGCUUGACCAUCAAGGCCAGCAUGAGCCCGCCCAAGAGACUGUACUAGACGACUCGUCUCAUUCGGUUUGCUCGGCGGGUUAUUGGUCGGCAUUCGUCCUCUUUGAACCACCGCAUGAGGUGCGGCGCCAAUCGUCAGUCGAGAUAUUGCUGUACGAUCCUCAUACGUAGUGGCGAAGGAGGAAGAGAAAACUGCCUAGAGCUUGCAGUCAUCUCAUACAAGGCCAUAUGAAUUGCCAACGAAAGUAGCAAAUGCAAAGAUUCAGGGUAGAACAAAAUCCCCCGAAGAACCUCUUCCUUAGCAAACCGCAAAGCAGAGUCAGAUGAUGAGAAAUAAUCGUGAUUCAGGAGAGAGACCCAGAGGUGUAGCUUUGUCUUUUUUAAAGACACCGUUCUAUCUAGAGACGCCACUCACUUCAUG